CAAGUAUCUAUAUCCAGACAAUUACAAAUUCACGACACACUGAUUUGACAAUUCCCUUUUUGUCUAUCGUGUCCGUACAAUCUCCCUCCCAAAUCAAUCCAUGGUCUCCUACUUCGCAACCCUUCCAAAACCCUAAAACCCCAAAUCCAAAACCUUUCCCAUCCUUUCAUUUUCCAUUUUAAUUAUGGAAUCCGUAGUCACUACUGAAGGCGAUUCUGCCGCCUCCAGCGGCGGCGGAGGUGGCGGAGGCGGAGGCGGAGGGGCGCAGCAACAGCAGCAAACUCCGUCGCCGAUGCCGAGUGGAACUGGGCCGCCGCCGUUUCUGAGCAAGACGUACGACAUGGUGGACGACCCGGCGACCGACCCGAUACUGUCGUGGAGCCCCACCAACAACAGCUUCGUGGUUUGGAACCCGCCGGAGUUCGCUAGGGAUUUGCUUCCCAAGUACUUCAAGCACAGUAACUUCUCUAGCUUCGUCAGACAACUCAACACCUACGGUUUUAGGAAGGUUGAUCCAGACCGCUGGGAAUUUGCAAAUGAGGGUUUUUUGAGGGGUCAAAAACACCUGCUUAAGAGUAUUAGUCGGCGAAAACCUACACAUGGACACAGUCAGCAACAGCCACAGCAAUCACAUGGACAGAAUUCAUCAGUGGGGGCUUGUGUAGAGGUCGGGAAGUUUGGCCUGGAGGAAGAGGUAGAGAGGCUUAAAAGGGACAAGAAUGUGCUUAUGCAGGAACUUGUCAGGCUGAGGCAGCAGCAACAAACUACCGACAAUCAGCUGCAAACCAUGGUGCAGCGUCUUCAGGGCAUGGAGCAGCGGCAACAACAAAUGAUGUCAUUCCUAGCAAAGGCUGUGCAGAGCCCUAGCUUCUUGGCUCAAUUUGUGCAACAGCAAAAUGAGAGCAACAGGCGCAUUACUGAAGCCAACAAAAAACGAAGGCUCAAGCAAGAAGGUAUUUCUGAGAGCGAACAUUCUACUACUACUUCUGAUGGACAGAUUAUUAAGUAUCAGCCUCAAAUGAAUGAGACAACUACAAUGCUUAGGCAGAUCAUGAAAAUUGAUGCUAAUUCCAGGCUUGAACCUUUUAAAAACAAUGAUAGUUUUCUGAUUGCUGAUGGUUCAUCUUCAUCUGAUGCAACGGACACUGGUAGCUCUCCAAGCCGUUUAUCUGGAGUGAGACUGCAAGAGGUAGCACCAACAACAGGGCAGUCAUCUUAUAUGCCAUCAUCUUCAAGGGUAGCUCCAAGGGUAUCAGGGAAUGGACCCUCAGCUGCAACUUCCGAAAUUCAAUCUUCACCUCGUGCUGUAACUUCUGAUAAAGUUACAACACCAUUCCCAGAUAUGAGUGUGCUGGUUGGAGCACAAGAUGCACCUUCCAUUUCAAUUCCUGAGGCAGAUGUAAUCAUGCCUGAGCUCUCUCAAAUACCUGAAAUGAUGCCUGGAAGUAUUGUUGAUAUUCCUGAACAAACUUACAUUGGACUUGAGACAGGCAAGAGUGGAUUUCUAGAUCCCACUUCUUUGGAAGUGAAUGAGCCAAUUCCCAUAGACAUUGAUAAUAUUUCCCCAGAUCCUGAUAUUGAUGCCUUGCUAGACAAUUCUGACUUUUGGGAUAACUUCCUUGUGCAAAGUCCAAUGCCUGAGGACAUUGAAUUAAACUCUGCAGAUGGUUUGUCCAAGGAGAAUGAAGCGCAGCCAGAUGAGAAUGGAUGGGAAAAAUCUCAGCAUGUGGACAAGCUAACAGAACAAAUGGGCCUUCUUACAUCAGAUACCAAAAGGGUUUGAUAGUGGUGACUAAUUGCCCAUAUGGGGACCCUAGAUUUAGUAUACUCUAUUUUUUUAAUUUGGAUUUUCCUUUGCCUCAUGUUGGUGCUGAGUUAAAUGAACGAGCAAAGUGGUGUUAGUGGCUAUAUUUUCCUUUGUACAGUUUGAUGCCCUGCUCUAUGGAAUGACUGUAGACAGCCUUUGUUUGAA